AUGGCUCCGGGAAUUCUCGAGUAUCCUGGAAUAGAUGGACCAGCACUGGCUUUAAAGUCAAACACCACAAGGUCAUCCAUACGGAUAUUUGAUCCUGUGAAGCAUCUUACGUAUGCGCCGCCGAAGAAGAUCCAUACUUUGGAUGAUCUUUGUCUACCACCUUCACCGAUUUCGCAAGUUGCAUCGACCGACCCAUUCCCUUUGCUGUCCGAAGAGGCUCUGCUUGAGCACCGCCGAGAGUUGCUGUCUGACGAUGUCCUCGAUAACUGCAUGUAUCACACGAGGGACAAAUCGGUUCAACUCCGUGGCAUGGCCCCCAGAUAUGCUCCUUUCAUUCAUCAGUUCUGGACUUCUUCAGAGGUUCUCAAGAUAGUCAGCGAUCUAGCAGGAGUUGACCUGGUACCUGUCAUGGACUUCGAGAUCUGCCACACGAACGUCCAGUUAGGGCCAGAGGGUCUGGCAGGAGUCAGAGACAUCCCGAUCAUCCCACCUGGUGCUCCUGCAGCGGAAACAGUGUCAGCAAUUCAGGAAGGGCCCGAGGAGCCUCUAGCCGCUGCCAAAGAGUCAGUUGUCCCCUGGCAUCGCGAUUCAUAUCCUUUCGUCUGCGUCGUUAUGUUGUCCGACACGAGGAAUAUGAAAGGAGGCGAGACCGAGAUCCAAAGAGGUGAUGGCACGACAAUCAAAGUCCGAUCUCCGCAGAUGGGCGGCGCGGUAGUUCUCCAGGGCAGACACGUGUCUCACAUGGCGAUUCCGGUCGAGAACAUGCCCGAGAGAAUCACUAUUGUGGCCUCUUUCCGGCCGAGGGAUCCUGUGUUGUUGGACGACUCCUCGUUGAUGAAUGUUCGAAAUAAGUCUCAGCUGUCGGAGAUGUACUACCAAUGGACCAGCUACCGCCUGCAUCUGCUCGCCGACAGAUUCCGAUUCGAAGCCGAGAAGCUUGAUGCAGCAUAUCGGGAAGCAAUUGAGGAAACCGAUCAAGGGAGACCGGGGGAUUGCAAGAAAAACGUUGUCGACGUGGAGAAGCUUGAGAGUUGGAUGGAAAAGCAAAUGAGAUAUAUGCGGCGAACCAUGUUUGAGAUGAGACCGAUCACUGCAGACGACAACAUCACCAAGAACGAGAUUGAGGAAGUCUAG